CCUCUUCUGCCGACUUGUCGCUGCAGUCAUGGCGCCCGUCCGUCGGUUGUAGCACUCGCUCACGGGAAGGUGUUUUAAUGGCUCCCCGUAUCGCUGACGUCUGUUGACGCGGGCGCUGCGUGCCAGUGACUCGCUUGGAAGAGUUUCUGCAGAGCGCGGCACAAAGUCGCUCUCGGGCUUCAUUACACACCGCAGCGGUUUGCUUUAUUUAGAGAUGCGCUUUUGAUCAGGAUCUCAUGGGGGAAUUAGACUUUAAGACACUCGUUAAGUAUUUGCAACAUCACUAAAAAAAAACUAUCCAUAUCUUGUGAUGGAGCUUUUGUGUAGUAGAAACAAGCCCGCUUAUAAAUACCGGCACAGUCUUAUGUAUUUUGACAGAUAAGUCUUGAAAUGAAAUCAAAGACAGUUUUUUAAUUUAGCCUGUUAGCUGCUGUAGCUUUAGAUUGUUUGUUUGUUUUAAAUGCGGACUUUUAACAGACAAUAUUAUCCAAAAUGUUGAAUCAACAGGUCGGGAUAGCUCGCAAUGUUAUUCUGGCUUUAUUUAAAUAGAAUUUAGCCCGUUAUUGCUUGUUUUUUGGAGGAACGUGAGUAUGAUAGGCGAUAUUUAGCAUCCGGUUCUGCAUGAAGUGAGCGCUGUUAAUAACAAAGCAGCUCCAUCUGAUUUACUGCUGCAGGAGGACUUGUGUCUUCCAUCAGCAAUGGAGGAGGUCCAGCAUAAUAACAGUAAUGGCUCUGAGUCCCAAACUGUUGCCAUCCCCACAACUAUAACUGCCUCUCACAUAUCACAGAUAGCACAGAUGUCUCUGGGUGGGAAUCCAGUGACUGUGGUUCAGCUGCCCAGCGGUCAGUUCCAGGUUCAAGGUGUGAUUCAGUCAGCGCAGUCAUCGGUUAUCCAGUCUCCACUGGCACAAGCACAGGGUCAAGGAUCUGAUAGUGAUGAUUCUCAGGAUUCAAGCGACAGUGGAGCAUCUAACCAGAAGUCAAGAGAGAUCUUGGCUCGGCGUCCAUCCUACAGGAAGAUUCUAAAUGAUCUAUCAGCUGAGGAAGUUGCGACUCAGAACGAGGGAGAAGAGGAAUGCGCCACCUCUUCAGCCAUAACAAGCGUUUCACUUCCUACCCCAAUCUACCAGACAAGCACUGGCCAAUAUUUUGCAAUUUCAUCCAAUGGCUCUCUGCAGCUGGCCAGUGCUGGUUCAGAGGGUGUACAAGGCCUGCAGACUCUCACCAUGACCAACUCGAAUCCAAACCAGCCAACUAUACUGCAAUACGCUCAGACCGCCGACGGACAACAGAUUCUGCUGCCUAGUAACCAGGUGGUGCUCCAAGGUGCAGGGGGAGAAAUGCAAGCUUAUCAGAUCCGCUCUUCUUCCUCCUCGCUGCCUCAGACCGUCGUCAUGACAUCACCCGUUAUCAGCUCUCAGGGAAAAAGCGAUGACCCGCAAAUGAAGAGAGAGAUACGCCUGGCGAAGAACAGGGAGGCAGCCAGAGAGUGUCGCAGAAAGAAAAAGGAGUACGUGAAGUGUUUGGAGAACCGUGUGGCUGUCCUGGAGAAUCAGAACAAGACUCUUAUCGAAGAGCUCAAGACAUUAAAGGACCUGUACUGUGUUAAAACUGGCUAGACAUCCAUACAAUCGUGCUAAUGGGACUUUGCUGGCAGACCUACGUGCUUAUACAAACACAGAUACAGGAACUUUUUUUUGGCAGGGGGGAUACAUUUAAUCCUCAUGUCAAGUGCUUGUUUUUAUACAACUCAUUUUUAACUACAGCCUAAGAAUGAUUGACCAGAAA